AUGUACCGACACGAAUACAACUUCAGCAACGUUGACUGGGACGCAGUCCUCAAGACUCCCGAGCUUCUACAACAUCUCAUUCCCGAGGACGGACGCCUGCCUGACUGGCUCGUUGAUUUGCGCGAACAACGACUCACUGCGCCUUCAAAGCAAACCACUGUCAAAACGGCCAAGAUCCGCGCCAGCAACUGCAAUCGCUGGAUCAAGACGAACAACCACCACACUGGUGGCGUCCGCAAGCGAAAGCCUGAAGCCCCCUUGCCCACCUUCAUCAUGGCACGACCGGCGAGUCUGGCGCAAUAUCAGCGUCACUCGGCUCACCUCAUGUCAAGAGUCCUCAACAUUCGCGCUAAUGCCUCACCUUUCACACUUGUGCUUGAUGACCUGAAUCAGCGCGGUAUGCCACUUGUCGGCGAGCUUAUCCGUCGCGGUCUAUCUCGCAACGUCAACGUCGUGGUUGUCUCCUUCGAAGCUACUCGCUUCCAUCCUGCAGUCCAGAACAUCGCCGCCUAUAGCGACGACAGCGGCGAGCAAAUCCUACAAGAUGUCCGCAAAGCGAUGAACAAAGCCAAGGAGAGUCUGGUCAUCGUCGACUCACUCUACGAACUACUCAACGACAAGAACGUGGACAUGGGCGCGCUCUUCAAUCUCGUCGCGAUGGAAUUCGCAUCGACCCUCGUCGGCGUAUACCAUCAAGACAUGCUACCCACACAAGAUGCGCAGACCGCGUAUGCUCCACAGCCGCUCGACCUGUUAAAGUACAUGGCCACAACAGUCAUCACCUGUAAAUCCUUCGCUCACGUUCUCGCCGCCAAAGCCGCUAAAGAGCGCAGCUUGCCCGAGCCGACACAUGGUCUCCUCCAAGGCGCAGAAGGCAUCGUGCAGUGCCUUGACGCAAACGACCACCGCGGCAUCGUCCUCGAAGCAGAGUUCCGGCGCAAGUCUGGCCGUCCCGAGAGCGAGACGUACUCCCUCCGCGCCGCGCGCCCGUCCGACUACAACGUGCCUCUCCCCGGUUUGGCCUUUGGCACUUUGAGGCAAGAAUUUGUUGUGCUGCUCGACCAAGUCCCUGCAUAUGGUAACAAGGAAGUCAUUGGAUUGGUCAAUGCGGCGGCGAACGAGAUGGAGUCGACGUUCAAUCUCGGGCUUACGGACAAACAGAAGCAGGCUCGCGAGGGCGUUGUACUUCCCUACUUUGACGCACAAAAAGGCGAGGGUGGUGAAGGAGGUAGGAUAUUGUAUGACAUGGGCAGUGAGGACGACUUCGACGAGGAGGAGGAUGAGAUCUGA